UCAUGUUUAUUUUCUUUCUUCUAGGUUUUUUUUGUCUUUGUUAUCUUGCUGAAUAAACAACUCUAGUUAAGACUGAACUCUGAACUAAGCCGCAAAUACCCACCCGUUCUGAAUGUGCGGCGUCAGCGGAGUACCUGUCACUUCACGGGUGGAAUAUAUGACCUCAUAACAACUUUCGGUUACCGUCGCAUCUUCCCCACUUUUCAUUGACACAUGUCAUAAUGGAGACGAUAAUCAAGUUGAACAAUCAAGCAGCCGGGCGAGAUAAAUUAGCGAGAAUAUUGCAAUAUGGAAGCAGAGCAUUGUGGUAUUAUAUGCAGCAAAAAAAGUUGAACCAUCAGACGAUUGAGAAACUACGUGCAUUGGAAUACACUUUCAGUUCUUUCAGAAAACUGCUUAGAUUAGGGAAAUGUGUCGAUGUAAUGUAUACUGCACUAUCAUCAAUACACUAUCCAAAUAUAACAGUCAGAGUCACAACAACUUUGUCAAGAAUAUCCAUGUCACUAUAUCUUCUAGCUGAUCACAUAUUGUGGAUUGGGCGAACUGGUCUUUGUUCAGUUAAUGGCGAUAGGUGGGGUAAGGUUGCAAACAAAUACUGGAUGUACGCUUUGUUUAUGAAUCUGUUGAGAGAUGCUUAUGAAAUCUACAGAAUCUUAAAGAUUCGCCAGAUAGGUCUGUCUGAUAUUAUUUCAGACGGGUGUGAUGCUCGUAAAAAACUAGCUUCAUGUGCCCGAGAUCAUAAAGACAUAAUUGUUGACACAGUAAAAAAUGCCUGUGAUGUAGUCAUUCCAAUGACAGCUCUGGGAUUUUUAAACUUGAGCCCAGGGUCUGUGGGCGUAUUUGGCGUUAUUUCAUCUGCUGCAGCUCUUCUGACUUUAGUUGACCCACUGCUAAAACUUACCCCAUCAUAAAAUAUUGUAAGUUGCAGAACUGUGACAGUAUUACUGACAUUAUAAUGGUAAUUUUUCAAAGGGUCAAAGAAUAACAGGAAAUUUAACAAUACCAGCAGUUUAUGGUAUAUAUUUGUGAGCUGUAGCAUUAGGAAAGAUGUUUGUAAACUGCCGGUCUCCAUGAACAAAUAUUAAGCUUUAAGUCUUGUGUCAGUUAAUUCAUCUUUGUCCAAAUUUGUGUGACAAACUGUUCUCUGCUCAAAGCAGAUUUGAACUUAAAUCAGCCUCAUACUCAAAUAAUGUUAGUUGGAAAGUUGCUCUCUGUGUGAUCUUUUAAUGACCCAAUAUUGGUUAAUUCUGUUUUAUCAAGUGAUUUGUCAGUGCCAAUCCCUGUGCUUUGGAGCCACCCUCUAAUCUGAAUUUUUGGUAAAUAAAUACAUGUAUUGGUUUUGGUGGACACACAGGCAGUCCUGUGCACAAAGGUGAAUUUUAGAUAAGGUGCAUGUUUUUUCCUUGAAAACUACUUUAAAAAUAAGACUUUGAUUCAUAAGAAAUCCUUAUACUAGAGUUGUAAAAUUAUAUCCAAUUUGCAUUUUCAUGUACAUGCUCAAUUUUUUAAUAAUAUGUAUGUUUAAGAAAUAAAUUAUAUCACAUGUUUUAA